UCAAAACAACCAAAUAUACCAUGACUGCAUUUGAUCGAGAUCAACUAUAUUCAUGUAAUAAGCACCUACAAAACGGAAAAUCGAUCGUAUUUCUGUCACGAACAAACUUGAUUUUAUUAUAAGUGGUUUCGUUUCAGUAGAAUAUUGAUCACAUAAUUUUGAAUGGAUUGAAAACAGUAUUGGAUACGGUUUCCUUGCGAAACCGCAUUUUUAUCGUUAAAACGAAAAUAAAUCAAAUAGAAAUAUGACUGCUCGUAUACCGGGAUUACCUCGUGACAAAAAAUAUCAUUUCUUUGUUUGUUAUGAAUCGAAUUCAUUAGACAUUGUUAGAAUAAUUGUUGAUAACUUAGAGAAGAAGGAACUCAUCUGCUGUUAUUAUGAAAGAAACUUUACAGCUGGAGUGCCGAUUUUAGACCACAUACAUAAAGCUAUUCGUGAAAGUUUAUAUAUGCUUGUUGUUCUGUCUAAGGAUUUCGAAAACAGUAAUUUUUGCAAACAGGAACUUUUGGAAGCGAAACACCUUAUGGUAGAAGGAAAAUAUAAUCUGAUACCGAUCAGAAUAGAACCAUGUUCUGUUCCAGAAAAUAUCCGACAUCUUGUUUAUAUUGACGUAGAAGAUUGCUUUGAUACAGCACAUGUUAAAAUCAUUGAUGCCAUCAGCAAGCAAGAUAUGCGGAUUGAUUUAAAACAAGAGAGAAAUGGGGAAUCUAAACAGUUUAAAUUGCAGCCAUACAAACCGAGUCGUUUCUCGUUCACGAGAUAUAGACUGAAGUUUGAAGAAUCAGACAGAGCUGAACUUUGGAACAACGAGUUUGAGGUAUCAGCUGAUAUACUAAAGGCACUUGAACACACAGUUAACAGUUCUUUACUUGCAAAGUAUCUCCAUGUUUGGAACUAUCCAUUUUUGACGUUGUGCAUGGCGUACUUGCAUCUCCUGAUACUACUGGCAGUUUUCUGUCUCAUUCUGUUUAUUGCAACAUCCGGAAAUGCGAAAACGCAAAGCUUUCAGCCGGUGGAAUAUGCACUUACUAUUGGCCUGCCAACGUUGUUAGUGUUAUUUAUAAUCAACAUGCUUGUCUAUAUGUUCACUGUUUAUGAUAGGAAAGGUAUACACAGCGUAUAUACAAAGGCAUGCAGAAUUUUGGACGCUGACAUUUGGAAACUCAGUAAUCAAAAUAACUUGCAAACCGGAGUGAUAUUCUUUUUUAAGAAUAGUGACCUCCUUAUACCUGAAUGUCGAAAGAUUUGCAUCAUGCGUUACAACUUUAAAUUAUGCAAGACUCAGUUUGCACGAUACCUUGACAAAAGACAACAUUUAAAGAAAUUAGGAGAAAGCAAUGAGGAAUGUACAUCUAGAUUAUUUGAUGAAUUCCUGAGCCAAUCUUCUAAACAAUUAGGGAUUUCAAGUACAGUACGUUACCACCACAUGUAUAACGGUGCUAAAUGCGUAUGUCUUCUGGUUGAGGACUGGUUGGACACACGAAAACAAUGAAUUGAAUGUCUAGUAGACAGCAUAUGGAAUUAUUUUUAUCUCAUUUAGUUUACAUACUUGCGGCGGAAACCAUUUUGGAGAUAUAUAAUGAUUGGGUAUUAUGACACAUUGAUAGUGCAUUAAAACAAUUAUUUGUGAAUACAGUUAGUAUUGUUACAAAACGUUUUUCCUGAAUAUUUAAAUUAACAAUAAUUACACUUUUCGCAUAACAACCUUAACAAAUGCUCAUCCUGGCCAUUCAUUAAGAAUGUUUCUAUGCUACAUGUGUGCAGUUAUGAUCCACUAUUGCAGUAUUGCCGGGACCAUAAUAUUAACUAGAAACAGUUGCUUUGACAAACAAAAAAUGAAGACACGUGCGUUUAUAACACUGACAGACCUCUGCGAUGCUACAAAGUGUCUGAUACAUAUACCGCUUUUUACUUACAUUCUUUUUUCUUGUAUCAUGGAACCGUAUUCUAUAUUUGUUUAUGUAAAAGAAAAUUAAAUUAACAUUUGCUUUCCCAAAAAAUGAUAUAUAAACAACGAAUGUAUAUAGGUAUAUAAAACGUAAUUUAUUAACGUUAUUUAUCAUACCUCAAGUAAACACACGAUGUACAAGCACAUAAAUGAUUUAUUUUGAAUACUACGGUCGAACUAUAUCAAGGUAAAAUAUGUUAAUUAUUUUGAAUACCGUUCGGUGGGGUGUUAUGUGCUUUCAAAACGAAGAUCAUGCUUUGAAUAAUACCGCGUAUGUUAUUCGUUUUCAAAACCCUAUUCCGACAGGCGUUCCGACGAGGAUUUAUGCUACGGGCAGACAGAUUGUAGUUGCCAUUCUCUACGGUUAUGAAACCAAUUCAGAGUACCAUUUAUCAUAUAGUCAUUGUUUUAAAACUACAGAUUACCUGUAUAUGUACGAUGUAAAUUAUCUUGUGAAGUAAUUAAAUGAAAUAAAUAUAACAUACUAUGGUAGCAUAUUUCUGCUGAAAGAUAACUGAAUAUAUAGUUCAUAUAACAAAGUGUUUAAUGCGCAAAAUUGGUGUUUCCAGUAAUUGGACAAUCGGAAUACUCUUGAGCUAUUCGCAUCUUAGAUCACCAGCAACAUGAAUCUAAUCUAGUGAAUCAGUGUUUGGACAGCAGUUGGAAUACUCUGGACUAUUUUUGUCCAACAACUGGUACGACGAAUCCUUUCGUGUUCACCACUUUAUUAUAUUGAAAUACGAUUCUUAACUAAACUAGUUAAGAUUCAUGUUGCUAGUUAUAUAUCUAAAAAGUGAACAUGUCCAGAGUAUUCUUAAUUAUUGCCCAAUAUUUGGUACCACAUUUCUUUGCGCGUUUACUUAUAUGAAAUUAGAUAUCUCGUUAAUUCAAGAAAAACUAACUUUAAAAUGGUGGCAAUUCUAGGCACCAUAAGUGCAGUUCAUUAUGUUAAGAUAUUUAUCUUACUGGAAAAGUGCAAACAUUGUUUCUCUCGAUAACUAUCUAUCUCAAGAUAAACGCGAAUCGUAAUAUAUUAUCUUGCGACAGAAAAUGUAUCAUCAUAAUAAGUUAUCUUGCGACAGAAAUAUAUACCACCAUAACUGAGUAUUUUGCUGUAAAAAAAUAUAUGACAUCAUAACAGGUUAUCUUGUAGCAGAAAUAUACCACUAUAACACACACAGUCACUGUCAUUUUAAUUCAGUAUAAGUCAUCAAUGUAUAGGUAAAUGAAACUUGUAUGCUGAAGGAAAUUGUUAUGAAAUACAUGUCAUCAAAAAUGCGAUAUAUGAUUUUGCAACAUUUCUCAGAAAAGCAAAACACAAAGCAAGAAAGAUGAAACAAGGCAGCUACUAUAACAACUGAACAAAUGAAAAAUAUAUAAAUUAUGAAAACAUCAUUAAUUUUCUUUCAAUGUCUAGUGUGAAACGAUAUAUGGAGGUCACACUAAGUGAUCGACAAUGCACACAAUCCUGUAUGUUAAUGUACAUGUGGAAGUAAAUAAACAUACAAACGCAAUAUCUAUAUCCAUUGCAUUUGUAAUUAGUUUGCAUUCAUAUCACACAUCAGUUUCAAAUAAUGCAAUGCAGUUUCAGCAUGUAUUUAUGCUCAAUACCAUAUCAUCUGUGAAUACUAGACAAUUAAUGGAUUUAAGCGAAAAACGGUUUUUUAAUGUAGAUAAUAUAACCACAUAGUUUUGCCUCAAUAUGUACAUGACCUGUUGACCAGUAUAUAUGUAGCUUUUGUUUCGUUUCAAGCAGAAUCGAAAU